AUGUUAAAACCGGGCAGACUCAAUAUGCUUCAUACCUCUUUAGAGGUGCUAGCUAAACAAAACAAGCUUCGUCCUCGGACUCAGCAGUCUCAAAGACGCGACGGACUACCCGUUCUGCGCAAAAGGGAACCAUUAAAAGCUGUUCGAACCCCUUUUACGAGCGAGGUGUUUAACCCGUGGCCAGAGGAAGAGGAAAAUCGCCCGGAAACGCCCUUUGUGAAAACGAGGCUACAGAGACAGUUGCUGGGGAGCGGUGGUAGCCGAAGCAAUGUUCCUAGUGAGACUGCUGACCUUUUCGGAUCAAAUGGCAUGUACCGAAGACAGAUUGGAUUUGAGUCCCCGACAUUGAUUCUAAGGUCCUCAGGGAGGACAAGCAGCAAGGGGAAGAAUAGGUGCGGUACACCAGUUCCGUUUGAUCAGCCACUCACCAAACUCUGCUGGAAUAAUGGAAUAGAGGAUGAAUUUAGUGAUCUCAGCGAUGUCGACAACGCACCACCAAUGCGACAGAGUGAAACCACCAGGCGACCAACGUCUUGUGGUAAAAAGCGGGAAUUAAACGAUAUUACGUUAUCUGAUUUGGAAAUAGACGAUACUUUCCCGCCAAAAACUCCCGAGGUGGCCAAUUUAACGCAAAAAGUCCUAAAUCAUUACUUCCAGAAAAAAAUGAGCAGCACACAGCGCAUUUUCAAGUGGUUAGCAGACUGCGAGGAAAAAUCAUCGGGCUCGACAUUACCAGCCCACUUACCGGAUAUAACAGUUACGUGCAGGCCACACAUGCAGUCACCGCUAUUAAACUGAUGUUUUGUUUUCACCGUGACAAUUAAGCAUAAUGCAUUCCGGUAGAAAAAAAAAACUAUUCAAUUUCAAAAUAUAUAAGAAAAUCGCUCGUAGUCAAACUCCGUAGAUUCAGCGUCGGACUCUUGCCAUAAGAAGUAUGUAACCCAUCAACUGCAAAGUAGGACAGGAGAGAUGUCCUCCGUGGUACGUUUAAAUGGAAUUUAAGCGUCGCCAUUUUUGUUUCAAUGGACAACUACCAGACUGCUGCCUUUCAGAUGCCAAUAGUACAGUGUAAGUGUCAUGAUGACCAUUAAUUUAAGAUAUUGAGAGAAAUACAUCAAGGAUGCGUCGUAAGUGACAAACAGGAAACGAAGAGCACCACAGACUAUGCACAAAUUGUUUGAUAUUUAUAUUUCUAAUGAUAUUUUUAAUUGAUUUGUCAUAGCCUUCU